UACCAUUCCUUGUUGUCAACAUCACAAGUUAAAUCACUUAGUAUAAAUAUACAUUUCUCUUGUGUGUUAUCGAAGAAUUGCUAUCAUUUUUUAAUGACUAUUUAUUGCAAUUGAAACGACACAAGAAUUACAGUGGUGCGAUAGUACACGUCUCACAAAAAAGUUUCAGCUACAAUUGUACAUGUGCUACCUAUAGGUCUUUUAAUCAAAAAAGUUUCAACACAUAAGUAAGCCGCGAUGCAUCACUCGCAUGUCAAAGACUGCAAUUGUAAAAUAGUUCGUAAAAAAAUCGCAAGCGGUCAUUCGCUCGUUUUGAGUAUUGUUUUGCUUUCGUUCUGAAUGGCAAGUUCUUUUCAGCUUCGUCGCAACUGAACACAUUCUGAAUACAUACAUAACCUAUAAAAUUGACUCUUCUGACGUUAAGAUACAAAUUAUUUGGAUAUAAAAUGUCUUGCACCAGUGAACUUUCUAAAUCACCUGAGUAUCAAAGUUUUCGAAGCUCUAUACCACUUCGCAAAAUUGUUGUCGAUUCUGAUGGAACCAAGGGAUGGAAAGUGUAUGAUUCAAAUCCAAAAACUAUCAAAUGUCCUCUGGUGUGUCUACCUCCAGUUAGUGGAACUGCUGAUAUUUACUUUAAACAACUCUUGGCAUUGUCAGCAAAAGGAUACAGAAUAAUAUCUGCUGAACCACCUGUAUAUUGGAGUGUAAAAGAGUGGUGCGAUGGAUUUAAGAAAUUACUGGAUUACCUGGAGUUAGAUAAAGUUCAUUUGUUUGGAGCCUCAUUGGGAGGUUUUCUUGCUCAAAAAUUUGCUGAAGUCAAUGCACAUUGUCCUAGAAUAGUUUCAUUAAUUCUAUGUAAUACUUUUACCGACACUACCAUAUUCAGUUACAAUGAAUCUGCUGCUGUCUUCUGGGUACUUCCUUCACUGGUAUUGAAGAAAAUGGUUAUGGGAAACUUUGAAACAAACAAGGUUGACAAUGAAAUGAUUGAUGCUAUUGACUUUAUGGUUGAAAGGUUGGAGAGUCUUACUCAACCAGAAUUAGCAUCUAGACUUACUAUGAAUUGUGUAAAUUGUUACGUUCAACCGCAAAAAAUGUGUAACUUACCAAUAACAAUAAUGGACGUUUUUGAUGAAUACGCUUUAUCAAAUGAUGUCAGAGAACAGAUGUACAAAUGUUAUCCAAAAGCAAAACUAGCACACUUGAAAAGUGGUGGUAACUUUCCAUAUCUAAGUAGAUCUGCAGAAGUUAAUCUGCAUUUGCAGAUUCAUUUAAGGCAAUUUGAUGGGACGGAAUACGCUGCCUCAAAGAGAGUUCCUUUUGCUGAAGAACAAGAACAGCAAGAUUCAUCUUAAACAGGAUUGUGAUCUAUUCUCAAAGUGUACUUUGACACUCGUAUGAUACAAGUCAUUACUACAUCACAAACAUGAAUCUAAAUAGCUCGAAAAGCGAAAAUCUCGUGACUAAGAACUUAUAUUUUACAAUCCAUACUAUUUCAAUAAUGAUACAGUUUUUCACUCAAGUCAAAUAUUAAUAUAUAAGUUUUUAAAAUAUUAUAUUUGAACGGAUAGAAUUAUGCUCUAAUGAAAUUAGUCAAUACUGAAUUUGUGCAAUAGAAUAAUAACUUGUAAAAAAAGUUAAUCUAAGAAAUAUCGUCAAAGACUUUAAAAGUAAUCUUAAUCUAGUAUCUUUACGAAUUUACAAUGUUUUUUAUUUACAUUUUUUGUUUUCACAUAUCAAUUUGUAUAUCUUUUCGAAUUAUAAUAUUCUUGCGAUAUGUUAUAGGACUUUUACACUAUUGUCGAAAAUAACGUAAAAUAAUUAUUUAGUUAAGUAUCAAUAAAUUUCAUCAAUUGUGCCAGGGUCCAAAUUAUAUUCUAUCAGUUACUUAACUGCACUCUAUUUUCUAUUAGAUAUGUCUUGAUUGAAACGCGUGAGUUUGACUACAUCUCGCACAGAACAACAAAGUAUAUGUAAUCAAUUAUGGGACAAAAGUUGUUCU